UAUUUUGGAAAGUCCCACCGGAAGUCCCAUUUUUUUACCAUCAUUUCCUCUGUAUUGAUUGCUGCUGUCACGAUUUCACCCUCUGUCAAAGUCGGGGAAGUUAAUGCAGGAGUUCAGGCAGAAUAAUAAUGCAGGUAUUGCUGAAAUCACACCCUGACGGAAAACAGCUGAUUUCCUCUGACUGCUGAUCCACAUGGCGGAAGUGAGACAACACGUUGUUAGUGUGAUCCCUGAUGAUGAAGGGAAAGAGAAGUUCAAGAAGAGCAGCGAUGUGGCUUUCUACAGGCGACAGAUGCAGGGCCCCAACCUGCAGCAUCGAGCUCUUCUGGACACCUUGGUGCUGACGGAGAGGGGGGCCCGCCUUGAAUUGUUGAACCCGGACACACAGACCAAACUGCUUCUUUCUUUGUCGCCGUGCAAAAAUGACACUGUGAGGAUUUUAAUCGAUGAGCUGCAGCCCAUUAAAGCUCGCUACAGAGUUCCAGAUGUGAUAACGGGGGAGCUGCAGUGUGAACAGCUGAGAGUGGUGAGGCAGUCGAAGCUCUGUGUCUUCCUCUCCUGGUCCUCAGGGCGUCAUCAGAUCUGCGUUUGGCAUUUUCCUUUCCGGCUGGAGAUCCUGUGUGAGGACAAAGUGAUGGUGACGUUCAACUCGAGGAGCAAACUGUGGUUCGAGACGCUGCAGGAUCCCCCCAGCUCCUCUUCUCAUGGUAGUGAGUUACCAGAGGACGCUUCAUUAUGGAAGGAGACGUUCCGACAGUUUGUGGACGUCAAAGCUAAUGGUCCGAGCAGCGUCGGUUCGGAUCUGUCUCUGCACGGCUUCAGUCACGUGUUCGGGCUGCCGGAGCACGCCGACGGCCUCCAGCUCAGAGACACCGGGUCCGUCCCAAACAAAGAUUAUGUUGUCACCUCCACCUGUGAGGUCAUAAUGUCUGUUUACCUCCCCAGAGACGGCGAUGCUUACCGGCUGUUCAACUUGGACGUGUUUGCGUACGACUUGCACCGCCGCCUGGGCCUCUACGGCUCCGUGCCGCUGAUCGUGGCCCACAAACCCGACCGGACUCUGGGCGUGUUCUGGCUCAAUGCAUCCGAGACCUUCGUGAACGUCCAUUACAGAUCAGCUGACCCCCAGGAUGGUGAGACUCCCCGGCUGAAGAGGAGGCGCAGGGAGCCUCAGACGGACGUCCACUGGCUGUCAGAGAGCGGACUGAUCGACUGUUUGGUUCUGCUGGGGCCCGGUCCACAGCAGCUCUUCAAACAGUACGCCCAGCUCACAGGGUAUCAGGCCCUCCCCCCUUUAUUCUCCCUCGGGUACCACCAGUGCCGCUGGAACUACGACGACGAGGCCGACGUGAAGGCGGUGGACGCUGGAUUCGAUCGCCACGACAUCCCCUACGACGUGAUCUGGCUGGACAUCGAGCACACGGACGGGAAGCGCUACUUCACCUGGGACCCCGUCGCCUUCCCCGAUCCGUCCGGCCUGCAGCGCCACCUGGAGGGGAAGAAGAGGAAGCUGGUCGUCAUCAGUGACCCCCACAUAAAGGUGGAUCCUGAUUGGUCCAUGUACCGCGAGGCCAGAGACGGAGGACACUUUGUCAGAAACAGAGAGGGGGAGAUUUAUCGAGGCUCCUGCUGGCCGGGUGAGUCUUCUUACCUGGACUUCAGCAGUGCACACACUCGAGCGUGGUACUCCAGAUGUUUCGGCCUGGGUAAAUACAAGGGAUCCACGUCCUCGUUAUUUGUGUGGAACGAUAUGAACGAACCGUCUGUGUUCGACGGGCCGGAGCAGACCAUGCCGAAAGACGCAGUGCAUUGUGGGGGCUGGGAACACCGGGACCUGCACAACCUGUACGGCUUCUACCAGCACAUGGCCACAGCCGAGGGUCUAGUAAGUCGCUCUGCAGGAUUAGAGCGACCCUUCGUCCUGACCCGCUCCUUCUUCGCCGGCUCACAGAGAUUUGGAGCCGUUUGGACCGGGGACAACGUGGCGAGCUGGGAGUACCUGCAGAUCUCCGUCCCCAUGCUGCUGUCGCUCAGCGUGGCCGGCAUCGCUUUCUGUGGAGCCGACGUCGGGGGCUUUGUUCAGGAUCCGGAUCCGGAGCUGCUGGUGCGCUGGUACCAGGCCGCCGCGCUGCAGCCGUUCUUCAGAGGUCACUCUGCCAAGGAGACGAAGCGCCGCGAGCCCUGGCUGUUCGGAGAGGAGGUCACGGCUAGGAUCCGCACCGCCGUCCAACAGAGGUACUGUCUGCUGCCGUACUGGUACACUCUGUUUCACCAGGCUCACACCUGUGGACUGCCCCCCCUCAGACCUCUGUGGGUGGAGUUCCCGACAGAUCAGAGCACCUUCUCCGUGGACAACCAGUUCAUGAUCGGAGGAGCUCUGCUGGCCUGUCCUGUCACUGAAGCUCAAGUUAAGGAAGUCAAAGUCUUUCUUCCUGGUUCGAACGAGGUUUGGUACGACGUCCACUCUGCAGAGGAGCAUAAAGGAGGAAGGACUCUGAGUCUUCCCGUCACUCUGGACACAGUCCCUGUGUUCCAGCGGGGAGGCUCGGUGCUCUGCAGGGCGGCAGGAGGUGCUUCCUGCACGGCCGACCUCCAGCUGCUGCCCCUCUCCAUCACUGUGGCCCCCGACCCUCAGGGCGUCGCUGAAGGGGAGCUGUACCUGGACGACGGUCACUCCUUCAGCUACAGAGACAGGAAGUCGUUCUGCCGGCGCCGCUUCAGCUUCCUGUCCGACCGUCUGCUCUGCCGUGCUGCAGGCGAGGGGGAAACAUUUGAAUGUGACACCGUCGUUCACACGCUCACCGUCCUGGGGCUGAAGAGAAAACCGUCCUCAGUGAUCGUUCACGUGUCCGGUGCUAAAGAUCUCUCCGCUGCGUUUGAGUUCCUGGAGAGCUGCUUUACGCUGACGGUGAAAAACCUGGAGCUCAGAGUGCUGACGGACUGGGAAAUAGAGAUACGUUAAAAAAAACUGUCAAUAUAUUUCAGCGGCUGACUUUCAGGUAAACGUCGUCGUGCCAUUUUAAAAGUACAACACUUGGCACAUGUAGCUAACAGUUAGGUUUAAUUCGAGGGUGGCCUUACUCUGUUAUUCUGUCCUUUUGUCUUUUAAACGUUUCUUUAUUGUUUUAUGUUUACAUUUAAUCUGGAAAUUAAGUAUCUCCUAAAUUAUUAAAAUUCAAGUUUAUAAAGA